AUGAACCGAACGAAGAAUGACCCUCAGUCUAAUACCCUGGCGGUGAACUUUUUCCGAUACCGGGGCCUUGUCAUUCGCUCUCUCAGUAGCGAUAUUGAUGAAGGGUAUAAGCGUACCCGCGAUGUCGUCAUUGCCGGAAUCAUCACGCUUCUUCUCGUUGAUAAGUUUGGCGGUGAAAUCUUUGCCUUCCAGAUGUGUCCCAAGCCCCUGUUUGCCGAGAUUAUCAAGAUUAAUCAUCUUCGUGUGCGAGCCUCGAAACAAGAACCCGCGGGGCUGGAGGACCACAUCCAAGAUGCGUACGGAAUACUCAGCCGUAUCCAUAUCUUCUCGUCAGAACAGUGGAGUGAAACCAAGCCGUCGUCAAAAGAGGACUGGAUGAUUGUAGGAAACGUGUACCAGGCCGCUGUGGCAUUAUACUGCAUCUUGUCGCUGCAGAGCCUGUCGGUUCUGCCUCUGACCCCUUUACUGAGAGCUAGUUGUACGGGCCAUGGCCAGCGUCUACAGGUGCUGCUCAGUGAGGCAUUGUCAUCCCCAAGGAUAAAAAGAUUCCUACUUUGGCCGUUGGUAGUGCUCGGGGUGGAAGCUGUGAAUAGCGGCCCAGUGAUGCGUGCUUUCGUUCGAGAGCAGCUACCAGAGAUGAGUCGCCAUAUCGGCUCGUAUGUCCCGUUGACGGUAAAAGGCGUACUUGAGAAAUAUUGGGCUUUAGGCGAGACGCGUUGGGAUGCUUGCUUCGAUAGGCCGUACAUGUUAGCGACGCAGAUUGCGGUAGACCUCAGCCAGUUGCCCUAG